GAGAGAGAGAGAGAGCUGCGUGUGCGCGUUCCCGGUGCGCGUUCCCGAUGCGCGUUUCCGUGCGCUCAGUCAGGCUCAUCCACCAUCCGGAUGCGACACACAAAUAAUAAUAGAAAGAUAUAGGAAUAUAAAUAUAUAUUGAUGGCCGUGAUUUAGCGGCGGGAUCUGGUUUUAUCCCCUUUGUUUUAUUCUUUCCUUUUUAUUUAUUUAUUUGUUUGGGAUUUGCUGAAAAACAGCAUUUCUAAAAUGGCUGAGAUUGAGAGUCUGAGCCCUGCCUACGAAGUGUCCCCAGUCUUGGCAGGAUUUCUCGGGGCGGGUGUUCUGAUCGUCACGGUUACGGUGGCCAUCUUCCUCUGGACUUGCUGCCAGCGUCAGUAUCGCAGGAUGACGUUUAAGUUGAGCAACGGCCCGUUCGACUCGCCAACCGACCCGCCCUUAAAGUUCAUCCACAUGCUCAAGGGCAUCAGCAUCUACCCCGAGACCCUCAGCAACGCCAACAAGAUCAUCCGAGUGGGCCGGAGGUCGUCAUCGCGGCAACAGGGUCACGAUCCUGACAUCGAGGGUCAUGCACAUUUGCAGAUGAACCACCUGAUUGCCCCGAAGCUGGAGCGAGCGUUGCCCAUCCGAGCCGAUUACUGCUGUUCCGAGAGCAGCAGCUGCGAAUCGUCCAGCAAGACUCCGACUCCGUUCAGCCUCGACUCGCCCUCUUUAGGAACCCUGGAUCUCGCCAUCGAUUACAACUUACCCAAAAAGGCCCUGGUGGUGACGAUUGUUGGUGCACGAGGUCUCCCGGCUGUUAACGAGCAGACGGGCAGCUCGGACCCCUACGUGAAGAUGAGCAUCCUGCCCGAGAAGAAGCACCAUGUAAAGACCCGUGUGAUGAGGAAGACCCUGGAGCCGUCGUUCGACGAGACGUUUACCUUCUACGGUGUUUCCUUCAGCGCACUGGCUGACCUUACACUUCACUUCCUGGUUCUGAGCUUCGACCGAUUCGCCCGCGAUGAUGUCAUCGGAGAGGCGCUGGUGUCGCUGUCGGGCGUCGAGCUUAGCGCAGGCAAAGUGCACAUCAGCCAGCAGAUCACCAGGAGGAAUGUACAGUGUGGGAGACGUGGUGAGCUGCUGGUGUCUCUCUCCUACCAUCCUGCAACACACAGACUAAAUGUGGUGGUGCUCAAAGCCAAACAUCUUCCCACCAUGGACAUCACCAGCCUUCCAGGCAACCCGUACGUGAAGGUGAACGUGUUCUACGGGCGCAGACGCAUCGCCAAGAAGAAGACGCACGUGAAGAAGUGCACGCUGGAGCCGGUCUUCAACGAGUCGUUCGUGUACGACGUCCCGGCCGAGCUGAUGGCCGACAUCUCUGUGGAGUUCCUGCUCAUCGACUUCGACCGCACAGCCAAGAACGCCGUGGUGGGUCGCCUGGUGCUGGGGGGGCAGAGCCCCACGCCGUCCGGCGUCACACACUGGAGGGAAGUGUACGACAACCCGCGGAGGCAAAUCGCCAAGUGGCACGACCUGUCCGAGUUCUAACGGUCCUCAUUCCUGUCCCCCCGUCCCCCCAGCGGUCCCCUCCGGUCCCCUGGUCCCCUCAACCCUAUUCUCUUACUCUUCUCUCGUGUAGGUGUAUCCUAGCGUGUGCGUGUGUGUGUGUGUGUGUGUGUGUGUGUGUGACCUGAAGAACGUCUCAACGUUUCCUUCAGGAGGACUUCAGCACUGCUCAAUACCCCGGUCCUCUUAUUCCUGGACAUCGAUUAUUUAAUGAAUAAUUAUUAACGAUCUAAAGGUGUAACAUCACCAGGUGCGUCACAAAAACCUGAUGUCCUUUAAUCUAAUUCUCAAAUAGUCAUGCGCUCCGAUUGUAUUCACUGAUGACGAUGAUGAUGAUGAUGAUGAUGAAGCAGCUACAGCAGUGUUCACAAGGUGAGACGGAGAAGUAAAGUCUCCUAAACGUCCCUUAUUUGGGACACGCCCCAUAACGGAGCAGUUCACGAGUCACUCUGAGAGACACGUCCAUGUUCCUGUUGUUUCUAUGCACCAAAUUCCUUCGACAGAACAAAAUGUCCAGAUGUUCCACUUUAUUUCCAGUGAAAAAUCCUCUGUUAUCAUGAAGAACCGUUUUACACUCAGCAUCCUGACACUUCGUUUCUUCAAACGUUCAGCUGUAACUCACCAAAGAUGUUCAUCACUAGUUGGAGGUUUCGUUCUUCUUCAUCCCGGUAGGAUUGAGGUGCGGUGACUGAGCAGGUCAUUCCAUGAUAGAAAUCACUCCAGACGUCUGUCUGAAGUCGGUUCUGAUGAGCCGCAGUCCAGAUGGAAUCACAUGGUGGUGAAGUUUGGAGCCGCGUUGGUUCACGUUCACUUUCCGGAACCUUCACUGCUCCAAAACAACCCCAAACUAUUAAACUUCCACCUCCAUGUGUGAGUGUGGGGGUGAGGGAGUCUGAUCACAUCUUCUCUCCUGUUCUUCAUCUCUGUUCUCUAGUUCUUCUGUUAGAGACACAAAUGUUCCACAGAACUUUCAUCCACUCGUUCACUGUCACAUCACUGUGUGGUUUUGUCUUUCAUUGAGUUUAUUGCGUAGAAACAAAAGGAACAUGAAAGUGUUUCUCAAAGACCUGAAAAACUCCACACUUUUCACAGCAACUAUAAAACUGUAAAGCAAAUUAUUAUUAUUAUUAUUAUUAUUAUUAUUAUUAUUAUUAUUAUUAUUACUGAACAAUUUUCUUUUCUUUGCAUUGAAUCCUGAACAUCAAACAAUUUCUCACUGGUCGUCAUGGCAACUUCAGCUAAAAUAAAUGAGGGUAAAUGAUGCACACAGUGAGAUUCUAUGAUAAAGUGGGCGUGGUCAGGAUAUGGAUCACUUAAUAGAGUCGAAUAAAGAGUCAGACUGAAACGUGAACCGAACGCACGUGACGUCGAGCUGUGGGAAUUUAAAACGUACAUUAUGUACGAUCGAAUCGUCGUCUUGAAAAACCCUUCUUAUAAAUGGAAACAAAAACGGACAUUAAACCUGUGGGAUUUUACUAUUUUUCAGAAGAAAUGGCGUAAAUUUUGCGUGUCCUUCGAGGCGUUGGGGUAAAAAUGGCGUGACGUGAAAACGAAAAAAAACAUCCUCAAACCCAAUUCUGAAAUAGUCAUGUGAUCAGAUUGUAUUCACUCUCUUACUGAUGAUGAUGAUGAUGAUGAUGAUGAUGAUGAAGCAGCUACAUCUUUCAGCAGAUGUCAUACAGAAGGUGACACGGAGACGAAAAGUGCACCCAGGAAAGGAGCGCACGUGCAUGUAUCUAUGUAACACACGUGACAUACUUUCGAUCGUUUAGGAAUAACAUCAGAAACACUUUCUUGUAAAUGGUAAAAAAAACGUGCUUCCGCAAAUUGAACAGCUGCCCUUCGGCCGUGUUUCCCCAAACCUGCUGUGACUUCCAGGUUUACUACAUAUUCACAUAUUCAGACGUGGAACUCCACGUGUUCACGUGACACCUCCCUGUAUAUUUUAGACUUUUCUUUAGAAUCGCUCCAGACGUUGCGUGUUCUUUGAGGCGAACGUGAAAGAAACCUCGGGUUGGGUAUUUCAAUGAAACGGAGUACGUGGGGGUUGUUUUUUUUCAUUUGCAAAUUUGCAUGCUCAUAAAUAUUUAUACUUCCUGGUCGUUUUUUAACUAGCGUGAAGGUGUAACGACGUCCUCACGAUGCUGUAAUCAUUUCUUGGCCACUUGUGAACCGGAACUGAUUUUUCUUACGUCCGUAUGGACACUUGAAUAAUAUAUAAAAGAUACGAAAGAGAGUUCAGUCGACACGUUCGCUCUUCACUUCAGCUGUAAAGAAAGUGUAAAAAUAACGGGGUAAAAAUUGUGCGCUCUUUGUGGAAAGCCAUGUUGUACAUAGUGGGGUGUUUUUCUCCCCCGUGAUUCCUUUCCAACGUUCCGGAACGCCUUUUCUCCGUUCAUGAUCGACACGUGUGUAUUUUUAAACCGGACACGUUCCUCCUUCGACCUUCUGCUUUUUCUCUGUACAGAGUGUAUGAUAGGAACAUCGCUGUAACCUCAAGCUUCGUUUUUAUCCCGCAGACAGAAAAAAAACGCCUCCUUGACGUGAUACGUGUUUAUUUCCCUGAAGGAAAAAAAAAGUUUGAAGUUAAUGAAUGAAAUAAGAAAUAUGCAGAUUCUUGCACUUUAUGAUAUUGUUUUGUAUUUGUAGAAAAGGAAAAAAAUAUAUACGUAUAUAUCUAUAUAUCUAUACAUAUACAUAUAGUGAGAGAACCAAAUAGCUGUGAUGAAACGUAGGAAAAGAAAGAAACAUAGAGAAUAUAAAGCGUAUUAAACUCCCAGUCGCUCAUCCUGGGCUCUGAUUGGUGGAAACGUUUUCCCUGGACGUUCCAAUUACACCUUCGAGUCCAAUUACUGUUUACUAAUAGGGAGAUGUUUAGGAGCUCUGAGAAGAUCAGGUGCUGUCACUCUCUCUCUCUCUCGCUGUCUCUUUCUUCAUUUUCAGCCACCAAUCAGGUCUUGUGAUAGGGAACACCUAGACCAUGUGACAAGCAGACCCAGGUCAUGUGACAGGGGAACACCUAGACCAUGUGACAAGCAGACCCAGGUCAUGUGACAGGGGAACACCUAGACCAUGUGACAAGCAGACCCAGGUCAUGUGACAUGGGGAACACCUAGACCAUGUGACAAGCAGACCCAGGUCAUAUGACUGGUGGACCCCGAUCAUGAGACAGGGGAGACCCAUGUCAUGUGACUGGUGGACCCAGAUCAUGUGACACGGUAUCCGUAGCUCAUAAGGUGGGAAGACUCAAGUCACAUGCCCUUGGUUUGACCGGGUGACCACGACUAUGACCACAAUCUGGUAAUCUGGACCAAUUGAUGCCUAGACCCAGGUCAUGUGACUGGCUGAGACUCAGGUCCUGACAUGACCUAUGUGACAUAGGAAUGAUCCCAGUGGGAUCCAGGUCAUGUGACAAUGGAAGACUCAGGCCACAUGCCCUGGGUUUGAUCCAGGUGACCAUGAGGAUGAUCUGGGUCAGGUGAUGAAGAGACUCCGGUCAUGUAAUACAGAGAUGAUCCUGGUCAUGUGACAGGGAGACCCAGUUGAUGUGAUAUAAGUAUGAUCUGGGUCAUGUGACACGGGAGGCUCAGGUCAUGUGACGGGGGAAAGAAAUUCCAAUAUGAUGUUAUUAUUUCCAUCACCCACUUCUAUCUGGAUAACUGGAAAACUUUACACAUAUGACCAACCCCUGCUUCCCCCACCCUACACACACACACACACACACACACACACACACAUACACACACACUGAUUAUAACCUUCACUAAAUUUGUCCAUUGACAGGAUUUGUUCAUUUAAUAAUCGUCUCUUAGGGACGUCUCUCACACACACUCUCCCAGACACAGACUUUAAUAGCUGGGCCCAGCGACAGACCUGUGUGUGUGUGUGUGUGUGUGUGUGUGUGUGUGUGUGUGUGUGUGUGUGGGCAGGAGUACAGUAGUCACGCAGGACACCGCUCAUAUCUGCACUCAUUAAUUAAACGCAGGUUCGUGUUAAUUACAUCACUUCCACUCGUCUAAAUCUUUUCAUCCCUCGCUCCGUUUCCUCUUUAUCUAUCCACACACACACACACACACACACACACACACACGGGAGCUGACCACACCCAAAGGGAUCGAGAGAGACAACAGGAGUAGGAAAAUCAUGUUCUGUGAUGGGCCACUGUGAUAGACUGUACAUCCGGUUUCAGAAUUAUUGGCGCCCUUCAUGGAAAAAUUGAGUAGAUUUUGUAGCAGAUGAUUGGAUCCUCGACAAUUUUAUAGUCGUCACGAAUGUUGCCGUGAUUCAACAGUUGACUCUGUGUAGAUUUAUGUUAUUAUUUCAGCGAUGAGCUUUUAGACGAACACUCGGUCUGCCCACAUGCACGAUUCAUUUGGGGGAGAAAAUAAAGAACAGACAACGACUGAGAGAGAGAAAGAGAGAAGAAACGAAAAGCUGAAAUGAAUGAAAAAUAGUAAAAAUGCUGGGAAACAUAAGCGUUUAUUAUAGCGUUUAAGCGUUAGCGUUCCAGCCAAUGAAGCGCCAUCUACUGUAGGAUAACGUUAUUACUUCCAUUCUUUCACUCCUAAUAGAAAAACAUCACUAAUAUCCAUUGGGUUGCAUCAUUUUAAUUAUUACUAUUAAUAUUAUUAAUAAUGUUAUUACUUCCUCCUUCCUUUACGUCUUGACACGCCUUUUCACAGACUUGUGAACGGAAAAAACUGAAGGCUACGAAAUGUUUUCGUUCCUCCAGAUGAUUCCAAAAGCCUGGUAACACUCGGUCCAGGUAACGAUGGCGCUAUGAGCUUUUCCGGUACGUCGUUACGUCACAGUACUUCGAAUUUACAGCGCAAUCGCAGGACUUUCUGAUGCACUAGCGCUCCUUUAAACGUUUUCUUACACGCGUAUGUGCAUGCAAGAAAGAAACGACUUUGGGGGGUUAAUAUAAUAAUAAUAUAAUAUAGAGUAUGCUGUAAUAUUUCAUGCUCCUCUAUCAAAUCUCUGCUUUUAGUCUGUGUACAGUAGCCUGAAUUAUACCCAGGUUUGGAUAUACAGUUUUGGUAUUUCUCGUUUUUUUCUCUUCAGUGCAGAAACAAAAAAAGAAUUAAAGUUGUAUGACUACAUGGAUAAUAAUGUAUUCUAUAUUUUUUGCCUCAUGCAUCCUCGAGUCCUUGGCCUACGAAGCUUGUUUAUGCGUGUAGAAAUCAAAUCCGGGUUGUAAUGCAGUAGCACUUUUCCGCCUUUAUUUAUUUCAUUCAUUAUUUAUUUUAUUUUGUAAAUUUUCAUUGGGAAUUUGAUCGUCCCUCCUCUUUUAUUUCCCCUUUUUCCUCUCCGAACAUGUCGCCUGGCGUCUGUUGUACAAUAAACUGAAAUGCAAAGUGAAAUUUCAUCCAAGUCGAAGAUGCAAAAAGUUUUAUGUGGAAAAAACCCCCGCUUUUGAUGCGACCUGAUGUGCAUAACGCUGUAAUAAAUCUAUGCUAAAAUAAUAAAAAUGUACUGUAUGGUGAACUGGUUAACACAAUGAACAUGCAAAUAAAAUCUAAACUGAUCCACUAA